GGAGAGGACGCCGCGAUGGAGGCCGCCAUCCCCGCGCAGGUGACCUUCAAGGACGUGGUGGUCUAUUUCUCCCGGGAGGAAUGGGCAGAGCUCACAGCGUGGCAGAAGGAGCUUUAUCGGGCCGUGAUGAUGGAGAACUAUGGAGCGAUUCUUUCCUUAGGCCAUCUGUCCACCAAACCAGAGAUCAUCAGCAAAAUCGAACGGGAGGAGGAGGAGCUGAGCGUCGGCGAAUUUUGGAUGCCACCUUGCAAGUGGAGAAAGCCUCUGAGCCUGUGGCUGGCAGGAGAUGGAAUUAGGAUGGCAGAGGAGGAAGAGGGCGAAGGGGCGGGCCCAGUCCGGCAGCGCGCGGCCCGGCGGAAGAGAAGGAAGAAGGCCCCCUCUCCCGGGACGGAGAAGCCGGUGACCCGGGCGACAAACAGGCCCCCCAAGAUGCAGAACAGCGGCCUCCCCCGGCCGACGCUGAAGGCGAACCCGCCCAAGUGCCCGGAGUGCGGCAAGAGCUUCCUGAGCAACGUGGCCAUGACCAUCCACAUCCGGACCCACACCGGGGAGCGGCCCUUCCGGUGCCACCUGUGCCCCAAGGGCUUCCCCUCCAUGGGGGACCUCAAGCGGCACAUCAAGACGCACCUGCGCAAGAGGGAUGCGCCCGCUCCGGCCGCUUCCAAGGACGCCGCGUCCCAGGGGAAGAAGCGCAUCGCCGCCAAGCUGCAGCUGCUGCGGCAGCUGGGGGCCGCCCCGGGCCCCAAGAAGCCCCACACCUGCGCCCAGUGCGGCAAGAGCUUCGGGAAGGGGCAGAGCCUGCGCAAGCACCAGGGCACCCACUCCACGGAGCGGCCCUUCGCCUGCCUGCAGUGCGGGAGCCGCUUCCGGCUCAAGCAGAUCCUGAUGGCCCACAUGAACUCGCACCUCACGGAGCGGCCCUUCGCCUGCGCCCAGUGCGGCAAGCGCUUCACCCAGGAGCGCAACGUGCGCAGCCACCAGCGGGUGCACACGGGCGAGAAGCCCUUCGCCUGCCUGGCCUGCGGCAAGCGCUUCGCCUACAAGCAGCAGCUGGUCAGCCACCUGCGCCUGCAUACGGGCGAGCGGCCCUUCCGCUGCGCCGAGUGCGGCAAGGCCUUCCGGGACAAGAUGACGCUGACCAUCCACAACCGCAUGCACACCGGCGAGCGCCCCUACCGCUGCCCCUUCUGCGGCAAGGCCUGCCGGCAGAAGCAGCACCUCAACAGCCACCUGAAAGUCCACCGUGGGGAGAAGCUGCCCCCGGAGGACAGCACGGGCCUGGCCUUCCAGAAGGCCCGGGCCAAGGAGAAGCCCUACGCCUGCACCCGGUGCGAGAAGCGGUUCCGGAGCAGGAAGAUCAUGCUGGCCCACCGGAAGACCCACGCGGAAGAGCAGCCGGCCAGAGGGCCAAGGCCGCUAGAGCCCAGGGCCAGCAUCCGUGGUCCUGGCGCGCGGAGCCGGGCGCAGCGCGCUUUGGGGACCCUUCCCAAGAGGCCGCCCGGCCACUCGCAACGCGCCACCUCGGCCGGAGGCGAAUCUGCGCCGCUGCAGUCCGAGCCUGCCUGCCUGCCGGCCAGCGGGAGGACGCGGCGGACGGGGCGGGGAAGCGGGCCGGGCCGUGGGGCCUCCCUGCCUGCCUGCCUGCUUCCUUCCCGGCCAGGCGCGCGGGGGCCCGGGGGGCGCCUCGCCUUCGCCGGCCACGCGGAUCCGGUUCACGCGCUCGACGUGGCCUCCUCGCGUCCAGGCGGCGGUGUUGACCCGGCGGGGGAGGCCUUGGCUGGGCCGGCGGCCGCCCGGUCCUCUCCGCCUGCCCAAUCCCGCGGCGCGCGCGCGCGCGCUCUCCAUCCGCACCCGCCGGCCCGGGCGCCGCCAAGGCCCGCCGAAGGAGGCCCACGAUGCUCGGCGCUGCGGUAG